AUGACUACCUGGAGUGAGAGAGCUAAAGGUUUGCGAGACACCAAAGAUGUGGAUGAACUGGAAAAGAAGUACGACGAACUAUGCGAGUAUUACGAUGAGGGAAAUCAUGAGCCACAGUACUUAAGCAACGCUCCUUAUGAAACAGCCAGGGCGGUCAUCCAGCUCGAACCAAAUCGAAAUGUCAAGAUACUCGAUGUCGGGUGCGGUACAGGACUUGUUGGUGAAGAGCUGUUCAGGGAAGGAUACCAAAAUAUCCAUGGAGUGGAUAUGUCUGCUGGUAUGCUGAAAAUGUGCAAGAAGAAGAAUGUCUACUCGAAACUGGUUCGGGCCAGGUUUGGUCCAAGCGAACCUCUUGAGUACGUUAAUGGUUAUUUUGAUGUAGUCAUGUCAUGUGGAACGUUCGUGCCCGGUGCUCAUUUGAACCAGACAUGUCUCCCAGAGUUAUUUCGCCUCCUAAAACCCGGUGGAUACAUGGUGAUUGCGACUCGACAGAAAGCUUUUGAAGAAGAGCUUGGAGGCCUGGAACUUAAAAGUACCUUACCACAUCUUGUCGAAGAGGGAGUUCUGGCGAAACUGUCGCAUGAUGUAAUAAGAUACACAACAGAAAUUAACAUUGAUAUUCCUGGCGUCAUAUUGUCAUACAUUUUACUACCAGCAGAGAAAGAGCAAAAUACCAAAUGAGAGGUGGUAAAGGGGAGGAUUUAUUGACUAUUCUUUCUACAAUAAUGAUAAAUAGAUAAUACAUGAAUAGUUUAUAUGAUUGAUAGUAGUGCUGAAUAAUAAUUUAUAUUAUGAAAAACUUUAAUUUGGUAAGCCUAACUACUACUAUGCAUGUAUCCCUCAAACAAUUCUACCACUACACAUUUUAGAUUCUCCUGUAUCACAUAAUAUUAUUGACAGAAUAUCCUUUCAUUAUACAGAAACUUUCGGUAAAAAACAAUGUUGUACGAAUGUCAAAACAACUACAGAGAGAGUCAGAAAAUUAUGCACAGAUGUUACUACUUCUUUCACAAUUUGUUUAAUUUUUCACACAGCCAUGCCGCCACUUAAUUGGCGCAACUUAUAUUUGACUUCCUUCCGUAUAUAGGUUGUCUCGCCGUCAGUCAUACAUGCAAAGAUCCAUAUGAAAACAGCACCAGAAAAUAAUGAAAGAAAUAAUCUACCCGCAUAUACAAGUCAAUACUAACUUCAUACAUUAUGACUUCGAGCUGAUUUGAAAUUUUUAUGGGAUUCGUGUAUAAUUAGCAACUCGUAGUCUGUAUCAGACCUUUAAUUUUCUCUGUAUGAUGUGGCAAUAUGAGACUAACCAGAGAAUUAUUAUGUUAUCAUCUUUUAAUAUUCAACGGACUUUAUACGCAGUCAUUGGAAUUAACAUUUUUGGGAAAUAGUACGUAACUUUCUAUUGUUAUAUUAAUGUUAGUACGAAUUUUUAUUUUCUUUCAAUUUUUCUGACAGUUUCAACAAUAUCUGACAAAUAAAGAGAGAAACAAGUUGGAAGUUGUUCAAAGGGGGUCCAAUGCACAAUUAAAAACAAUCCUUAAAUAUAGAUAUCAAGACUCCUAGAUUCACAUUUAAUAUUACAUUUUUCAUUCAAUAAAAGUCACGUACUAAUGUUUAAGGCAAUAGGCCUAUAAUUUUAGUAAAAACAUAUAUUAUUUUCAAGUAAAUGAAAUUCAGUGUUCAAGUUCGACUUUCAUUUUAUUUGAAUUUGCCUCUCUACAUAAUAUGAUAAAUACUGUCUGUAAUACUGUAGUAACAUAAGAAGUGAAAUGCAACUCAAACUAUAUUUGUCGAUCAGCGGGGUUUUUCAUGAAAAGAAUUCGGUUCACCGACUCAUUUGUUCUAAGCCAAUCAGAUGCAAGAACUUCAGUAGCUUAUAACAGUUGUCCAUGCUGUCAGUGAAAACCAAUAGUUGCUUUAUAAAAUGUUUCCAUGAUAUGCCGUGGACAUAUAACACAAUCUGAUUUAAAAUGACACAUGUCGAUGGCUUAGUCAAAAGAUGCAUGCAAUAAAACCCUAUCAUGUUAAAGACCCAAAUCGGAUCCAAAGUUGAAUUUGACAAAAUACCAACCGAAAGCUAAUACAAACAACUAAACAAAGUACAGUGCAAGUUUUGUGCACUUAUUUUGUUUAAGAAAAGCUUUCAUUUUGGGGCUUCGAAAAUAAUAUUUCUUGUGCUUUUUACCCACUUCAAAUCCGUG